AUGCAGGAGGUGGGCAGCACAAAUCGAGGAUCUCAGCGGGUCUUCAGCGUCCUGGAUCGUCUGCUGCUCACACAUCCCGUGUGGCUGCAGCUGUCGCUCAACCAAGACUCUGCCCUCUACAUCCUGCUCAGAGAGCCUGUUGGGACCUUUUUGGUGCGUAAAUGCAGCUCCAGUCAGAGGAAGGUGCUGUGUUUUAGAGUGACAGCGGACAGAAGUGCCUCCUCUGUUAAGGAGUGCUUCAUCUGUGAGGAGGACUCCACAUUCGCCUUGGAGAGCUCAGCACUCAGCUUCCCUGACUUGUGUCGACUGGUGGCCUUCUACUGUAUCAGCAGGGAUGUGUUGCCUUUACCACUGGAGCUGCCAGAGGCCAUUGCUAAAGCCACAACACACAGGCAGCUGGAGGCCAUUUCACACAUGGGACAAGACUUCUGGAGCUCACCGAGCGCUUCAGACAUGCAAAACGGACCAGUGGACGCAUUUGCAUCAACCAGCAGCAGCCAGGCCCAGACAGCGGUGGCCCAGGAUCGAUAUUCCCUGCUGACCCGAGGCAAACAAGGCAAACUCUGCUUUAUCAACCCGCUCUUCCUGCAGCUGGAGAUUAGCAAGCAGCAACAACUCACAAACCACAGUGCCUCCAACAAACGGCACCGUUUCAAGCGCAGCAUGCGGCUCCGGCUCUCUGAGUCCUCCAUGAAUCUGUCCCUCGAGGGGGUCAGCUCCUACUCGCCUCCCCCAUCAGUGGAGCUGCCCGGUGGGUCAGAGAGGCUGCAGAAGGCCGGCACUCACCCACAGAGGAGAGUUCAUGCUGGGGCAGGGGUCCUGAGGAGAACCCCUGCUGUAUCACCGGGGUCUGCAGAAGAAGAGGACAUGAUGUCUGUCUAUGUGCCUGAAACGUCUGCCAAGGCGGAAGAGUCUCCAAAGGCCCAGCAGUCAGCCCAAGCAGAGGAGCCAGGCAUCGAGGUGGCGGUUCUCGCCCUGGAACGCCGCCCGGCUCCGUCCCUGGCCGAGCUCGACAGCAGCAGCUCCUUCAGCAGCAUGGAUGAGGACAAUGACUCGGAUUCAGAUUCAGAGAGCAUGGUCCAAACCCAGAUGUACAGCUUCCAGCGCCCGCCACUUGUACGCUCCAGAGGCCGCGGCGGGCUGCACCGUAUGAGCGAGGCCUUCGUGUGUUUCUUUGCUCCGGACAAGCGGCUGACGCGACUGGUGGAGGAGCUGUCCAGAGACAGGCGCUCCAUCUUCGGAGGCAUGGUUCAGGACUUCCUCCUGUCGCAGAGAGAGGUGCUCAAAUCCCUGGCCUCGUCUUCAUCUUCAUCGUCCUCGUCUCGGGUGACCUCUGUGCAGCUCCUGCAGGGUCUGCGGCUCUUUCUGUCCCAGGCAAAGUGCUGCCUGUUGGACAGUGGAGAGCUGGAGCCUCCCAUUGAAACCCUGGUACCAGAGAAUGAGAAAGAUCUGGCACUAGAGCGAGCCAUGUUCUCCUGUGUGCUCAGGCCUCUGAGGUCCCACCUUGAAAAAGCCCUGGUGGCGUUGCACAAUCAGGAUGGCUCCAGCCAGUGUCUCACCCAGAACCUGCUUCGCCUGAAAGGGGACGUCGCCAUGGAGAGGCUCGGCGUGCGUACGGGUGUCCCGGACAGCCGCGAGGUGGAGAGGGUGAAGCAGAAGCUGGUCCUGAUGCAGAGGACGCACUCGCCCAUCGACAAGGUGCUGCUGCUGCUGCAAGUGUGCAAGUGCGUCCACAAGGCCAUGGGGUCCUUACAUGGACAGGAAGUGAGCUGGGAUGACUUCCUGCCCUCGUUGUCUUAUGUGAUUGUGGAGUGUAACAGGCCUCACAUCCUGAUAGAGGUGGAGUACAUGAUGGAGCUGCUGGAGCCCUCCUGGCUCGGAGGAGAGGGUGGGUACUAUCUGACCAGUGUGUAUGCUAGCCUGUGUCUGAUCCAGAGCCUGGACAAGGAUCAGCCGUUCUCUGGCUGCCUGACGCCGGAGGCCCAGGAGGCGCUGAAGGAGUGGAGCUGCAGACGGAGCCGGGAAGCCCAGAGACAAAAGGAGAGCCUGCAGAGCCAGAGGUGCGUUCGGAUACUGUUCCAGGACGGGGAGCGGAGCGCCGUGCGGACGUUGCAGUGGAGAGCCGGGGAGACCAGCCAGGCCCUGGCACAGCUGUGUGCCGCCACUUUCGGAGUGUCCGACCCGCAGCAAUACACCCUGUACUGGCGCAGCGGUGGCGAGAUGAGGGCCCUGCCGCCUCAGGCUCAGCCCCAGGACCUGGCCAGCCACAGCGAGGGAGGCCCCUCGCUCUCCUACCUGAGGACCGACCACGACUUCAGCAAGAUGAGGCGGCUCACCAGAGGUGGCGCCGUGGACCUGAGCGAGUCGGUGUGUGAGGAGUGA